GACAUUUUGUAAAGAAUUACGUUAGACGAAAAGUUGUAGAAGAUAAAUUUCUUAUCUAAUGCAAUUGCAACAAGAACUCAAGAACCAUGCCUUGUGUUAUGGUAACUAGGAGACAGUAUGAACAGUCAUGCAAUGAAAGGGUAGCAAUUCAGCAUCCAAUCAAGCCACGGAAAAUGUUGAACUCGCGGCGCAGAAGCUCAUUGAAUGUGAGCUCUGUGCAUGAUCUCCACAUGGCCAUUGUGGCCAACCAGCUGCCGAUGGUGAGCAAGAUACUGAUGAAUUUUGAAGGUGAUAUUAAUGGCAAAGUUAAAGGUGCGACAGCCUUAGGAGUGUCUCUCUAUAAACACAGGUAUGACAUUUUCAUGGAACUCAUAGAGUUCCACAAAAAAAACGGUCUGUUAGACCUUGACCUUACAAGCAGAGAUCAUCUUGGUAGAGACGAGCCUCCCAUUGUUACUGCCGCCAGACUGCGCUUUUUCCAUGGCGUCAACAGUCUUCUUGAAGCUGGUGCUGACAUCGACGGCAUGGACAAUUUCGGCCACACAGCGCUGUGGUUUGCAGUGCAUCACAGACUAGUCCCAGCCUCAGAACAGUUAAUAUUGCAAGGGGCAAAUGUUAGUAAGACGGAUGCCUAUAACUUCACCCCUCUGUAUCUAACACUAAACCUUCAGCUAGAGGAGAAACUGAUUUACUUGCUUCUCUACAGCGGUAGUAAUGUGGACAGCCCCAACCUGCACACGUCCAUCAGCUCAAACAAGACCCUGUUAUCUCUGGCCAUGAAAUAUGGCAGUCAGAGCCUGAUGUAUCUACUACUGGAGCUGGGAAUAGGGCACCAGCAGUAUGGCUCAAGGGGAAGCAUUGCUCACAAACUCCACAGUGCUGGCCUGAGCAACAAGAAUGACCCAAUGUGUAAGACAGUCUGGCAGACAUGUAGCAACCCUCUGUCCUUACAAACAAUCUGCCGCACGGUUAUCCGGGAGAACCUUAGCAUGGUGUGUCAGAGCAAUGCCAGGAUCUUCACCAUGUCCAUCUCACAACUUCCUCUUCCAAAUGAUAUCAAGAGAUUUUUGCUUAUUCCACAGUUGCAUGAUCAUUUCUCUGAAAUGUUUUCAAAGCUGUCAUAAGUUUUUCUCUCGCAAACAUUUUGGAUCAGGUGUCCACUCCCAAGACAUUACCACAAAAUAGAGGCAGCCUCAGCUUUGUGACAUUCAGUAUUGUACAUGUAUGGGUAAUUCUUUUCAAUGACAAACAGCGUGCUCUUGUUUUCCUUUUUUGACAAUUAGUUCUAUUGGCUCUGUGACAUAUUCAGUAUCUCUUCUCUGUAAUCAUCGCAUCAGCAAGAAAUGUGCAUAUAAUUCAUACCAUCUAGCAUUAUAAACAAUAAUACGAGUCCUAUAAGUGAAAUAUUCUUGAGUAUGCCAUAAAUCACCAAUCAUAUAAAGAAAAUAAUGCAAAGGAUGAUAGUAUUUAUCUGAAUAUUUCAUUUUGUGAAAACUACUUUUCAAGUGGAAAGUAAACCCUAAAAUUCAGUUAAGAAAGGACCAACUUUAUUUUGCUUACUGUACAUAUUAAUUAUUAUGUUAUGUUAUUGAUAUGUUACAUUUUUUGUAAGAAAGAUAGAUCUUUUCCAUUUGAGAAAUACCAGGCUUUGCCUUUGAGGAGGACUGGGUACCAUACAUGUAGGACAGUACAUCUUCCUCAAAAGACAAGGCCCAGAAAUUUAUUAUGAGUAUAAAUGCAUUCAUUCACCAACCAUGUCAGUAAUUCACAUUAUUGUCAUAAUGAAAGAUCAUUAUUUCAUUUCCAGUUUGUUUGGUGGCAGCUUGUUUGUAUUGUAGCCAGAAUACAUGCAUUUACAUUUAUGGUAAUGUUGAUUUGUUCUCUACCAGCACUGGCUCAGAAUGCUACAUUUUUACAUCCACAUAACCACUAGCUCAUGGACUUUGAGCCGGUGAAUGCAUUCGGGCAGGAAGGUUGGACAUCUGCUGCAGGCAGCAAACUGAAAACUCCCAUGGAGUCCCCUAUGACUUGUCCCUCAGAAGCCUCUCACAAAUGCAGUCACUGUGAGUUCAAGUCCAGCUCAUGGUGACUUCCUCUCUGGUUGUAUGUGAGAAGGUCUACCAUCAGUAUGUGAAGUCAUCAUUUUUCUCGCAGAUUCUGCUCCAUUUCUUCCCACCAUGAUACUGGCUGCCUUUGGCAAGAAAAUACUCGAGUAUGGCAUAAACACCAGUGAAAAAAAUGAAUAAAUAAACCCAAACUCUAGUCUAUAGUCUGAUUACAGAGUAAUCUUCUUGAAUUAUUAUUGUAAGUUUAAAUUAACUGUUAAUAGGUUGACAUAACUCCUUUUAAUACAUGUAAUAACAUAAUUAUUGUAUGGUGUGGAUCAACAAAGCAUUAGUAACAGUGGGAAGCAAAGUGCAUAUGCUAUGCACUCAGCCCCAGGUGAAUGCUAGUAUUGUUAUAUUAAGAAACAUAACACUACAUGUAUGUUGGUUUUUCAGUUGUACGAAGUAACGACUUGGAACAAAGAUGAAUCAUGUAGAAAGUGAGAGAUUAUAUGACUUAUUCAGUAGGAUGCAAAUUAGACACAACACAUUAAGCAUGAACAUUAGGCUUUGUUAAAUCACAUAAAACUAUUGGGAAUGGUCAGAUUUGCUUCUACUGUACAUUGCUGUAUAUGUUUACCUGGGAUAUACUGGCAGUCCCAUCAUUAGUUGUGUCAUUAAUUACAGAAGUGCUCACCAAAUCACACUCUGCAUCGCUAUGUGCUGGUAAGAUGGUAAUACAUUUAGUUACUUGUGUUUUAGUCUAUUUUCCAAUAACAAGAACUUGCAUGUACAUACAACAGAAACCCUGCAUAAACAUGUUACGAUGUGGGUUUCAGUAGUUAAUAUGUUGUUUUUUUUCUUAGUGUGAAAGAUUUAUGCUGUAAAAUUGUAUAUCUAAAUUGCUUGAAAUGCCCAACUAAUUUAUAGUCUCCAAGCUUGACUCUUAAAUAUGUGCAAUAUCUUUAUAAAUAUAUUUUCAAACAUUCAAGAAUAUCAUUGGUAUACAGUGUGAAACUUGUUUCCAAUCAGUGCAUUAUUAAUGGAACUGAAUUAUAAAAACAGAUUUGAAAUUUGAAUGAAAAGAAAAAUGAGAUACUUUCUUGUUCAAGUAAAGAUAUGUCAGAUUGUAUUAAGUCAGUUGCCUUUCAUUCGCAGAGAAGUAGGGAUGAACAGUACCAUGGAACAUUUUACCCUUUGAAAAUCUCAUUAAGCCAGUUAAUUUUUCAAGUAUACAUGUAAUCGAAGAAUUUGUUUCUUUAUAUAUUUCUGAAGUUCAUUAUAUUAAUUGAAUUUAUCAAUGCACAUGUGUUUAUAAGAAUGUAACUCAACGGUACUGGCUUAUUAAUUUACAUUCUUUGUAGAGGGAACUUUAUCAUCAGUUAAACAAUGAGUUUAAUAAUCACUUUAUACGAUUUAUCAAUGUAUCAAAUAAUACCUGUACUCUGAUCGUUGUUUUCAUUGGUCGGAAAACUGGUGUUGAUUGUCAGGGUCAUGAUAUAGAAACAAGGAGGGUAAGUAAGGUACACACUUUGAUAUGAGAUCGGUAGGCCAUGUUCCCAGCUUAGCUUCUGCAUUGACCAUGUAUUUCUGAAAGCUUAGUUGGGAAGAAUGAAACAGAUCUCAAAUCUAGGUAUAAACUGUACUUGCACGUCUAGUAUUCAGUGCGUUUAUUGUUAGUUGUUGAAUUAAAGGAUAAAGAUAAAAAUAAUCACAACAAUUAUCAACUCUACAUUAAUGUUAUAUCAAGUUAAAGUAAGCUUUAUGUCAGGUCAUUGUGAUCACAGAUGUUCCAUGUGCACAUCAGGCAUGUAAACAAUAGUGAUAGAUCCUACGUGAUUGAUCAGUUAACGUUUUUCCAUAGACAGCCAUCCCUCAAGGAGUGCCUUCAUUUAUGAUAUAGUAAUUGACUUCAAUCACUCUUGGCCUUGCAGUUAUAAUAUUUGUUGUUGUACAAAAUACACUGUGUUUCUAAUUAAAUUGCAUUUAAAACUGUAGAGUUUAAAGACUAAUUAUAGAGUGUGUUCACAGUGAUGCUUGUAGCUGUUAAUAUGCUUUGUGGUUUGAUUCAUAUUUUCAUAUUUCCAUUUGUGGUUUUUGCCUUUAUUCUUCAUAACAAGACAUAGAAAUGUAAGCACCAAUGUGACACAGUUAUGUGUCUGAUAUGGUUGCAGAGUGA